AUGUUGCCCUUCAAUCCGCCCAUCGUGAAGCGGCUGCUCGGCUGGCGCAAGGUGCCGUCGGAUGAUUCGGCCGAGGGAAAGUGGUGCGAGAAGGCGGUGAAAAGUUUGGCGAAAAAGAUGAAAAAAUCCAGCGCCCUGGAGGAGCUGGAACGGGCGCUGAGGACGCAAAACUCGCACACCAAGUGCAUCCCGAUCCCAAGACAUAGCGCGACGAUUGAGUGGGAGUGGGCAAACAAGGAAAAGCCGGAGGAGGAAGAUACAGCCAGCGGCGCGCGUGGUAAAAGAAACCGCCCUGCGAAUGGUGAAAAUGGAGUUGCGCUAAGGAAAGGUCUACCACACGUUAUAUAUUGUCGCCUGUGGCGCUGGCCUGACCUACAGAGCCAGGCAGAACUGAAAGCACUCGACAUAUGCGAGUACGCAUUUCAUUUGAAAAAGGACGAAGUGUGCAUCAAUCCAUAUCACUAUACCCGCAUCGAUACGCAGCAUCAGCAGCACCUGCAACAGCAGGCCCAGCAACAGCAGCAGGCCCAGAAUCAGCAACCCCUCACGAUCCUGGUGCCGAAGAACCUCACCAAUCUGACGGGCGAGAAUUCCGUUACCUACACGCUGGACGACCUUAGCAAUACCGUUCCAGUGAACAUACAGUACAACGCAUUAAACGAUAACUAUGUAACCAGCCCGCAAUCGCAGCAAGUAUCAACUCAGCAGCUACAUCAGCAACUACAGCAACAGCAGCAGAACCAACAGCUACAGCAACAGCAGCAGCAGCAACAGCAACAGCAGCAGCAACAACUUUCCUCCGCACCUUGCUACAUGGAGGCGACACUCGGUCAGCAGAUACCGACCAACACGACGAUUAUGGAUUCGGUCAGCGUCGGAGUCGGGAACAUACCGAACACCGAGACGCCACCGCCCGGCUACAUGUCUGAAGACGGCGAUCCGUUGGAUCAGAAUGAUAAUAUGACCGACAUGUCCCCCAUGUCACCGACCGAGAUGGAUGCCCAGCCUGUAAUGUACCACGAACCGGCGUUCUGGUGCUCGAUCAGUUACUACGAGCUGAACCUGCGCGUCGGGGAAACGUUCCACGCGUCACAACCCUCGAUUACCGUGGACGGUUUCACCGAUCCUUCCAACUCGGAACGAUUCUGUCUCGGAUUGCUGUCGAAUGUGAAUCGAAACGAGGUAGUGGAGCAGACGCGACGCCACAUUGGCAAGGGCGUGCGGCUCUACUACAUCGGUGGCGAGGUGUUUGCCGAGUGUUUGAGCGAUUCCAGCAUCUUCGUGCAGAGUCCGAAUUGCAACCAACGCUAUGGCUGGCAUCCGGCAACGGUCUGCAAAAUCCCGCCCGGUUGCAAUUUGAAGAUCUUCAACAACCAAGAGUUUGCCACCCUCCUGUCCCAGUCGGUUUCGCAGGGCUUCGAAGCCGUUUAUCAGCUGACACGGAUGUGUACCAUCCGUAUGUCGUUCGUGAAGGGCUGGGGAGCAGAAUAUCGCCGUCAAACCGUUACCUCAACGCCGUGCUGGAUAGAAUUGCAUUUAAAUGGUCCCCUGCAGUGGUUGGAUCGCGUCCUCACCCAGAUGGGCUCGCCACGGUUGCCAUGUAGCUCUAUGUCCUAAAACCAAUUGAGUGUGUGUUUGUUCAUGUGUAUGUGUGACCCCUGCAACUCAUCAACGAGUGACCACAAGGGGUAGUUCUAAAUACCUCUACCUCCCGAUUGUUGGUUCCCUGAAGUUUUUGUGUUUAAAUCUUUUUCUCGUGGUAGUUGAUGCCUCCAUAAGUUUUCCAAACUGUGGUUUGGAAUGCUAUUUUAGUAGAGAAAAUAUCUUAUAUGUCAUAACCCUCCUUCGUUAGCAUUUCAUCAGUUUUGGUUUGCUUUUAACGCGCCCAAACGAUCAGUUUAGGAAACCCUGUCGUCUUACAACGGUGGCAUAUUUUCUGGCGACAAUUCGCGUGUUUUGUUUUGUACUGUUGACACUAUACUACGCUAAAUUACGUCCAUCGCUGCAUACGCUCUGAUGAGCGAUGAAAAAGGUCCUUUUACGAAGGACUGAAAUCAUUGCCAUCCCACUUUGUGUGCAGGUUAAGGUAAUGAUUGGAAGUAGGAUGCCUUACUGUUUUGUACACAUACUUGAACCUGUUCCUUAGUAGCAUUCAUCAAAUGAUUGUUUGUGACAUUUUCGGAAUCGAUCCGAAAACCCCUUUUGGAAAGCGUACACUCGCUGAAGUGCAUCUUGUUAGUCGGUUACAAACAAACAAUCAUCGUACAUGUGUUAUUAACUGUGUAUAAAGCAAUGGUUGAUGAUCAAGUCAAGUCCAAGAGACGACCACAAUUAAGUCUGCCCCGUGAUAGGAAUGUAGUUGAUCGAAUGUAAGCCUCCCUUUUUCGAACAACCUCAGCAUUAGUAUGUUGUUCGCUUCGAAAGUGUUUCUAUUUUCAUUGCAAGUUUUCCUCUUUUAAGUUGUUAAGGUUAGUUUCCCUUUUUUAAGUUUUUUACUAACAUAAAACACUUGUCGUAGAACGGAUAUAAAGCCACGGCAAGUCCUGAUAAGUAGUACUAAUGCCACAACGGUUGCAAGUAUAAAGGACAGGACAUACAAAACACUGAAUGGGACAUCUAAAUCGUAUGAGGGCAAACAGUAUACAGCAUUGAACAUCGGUUGUAUACGGGUAAAGUGAGCAGCCAACAAAUCGUAGUAAAUGUGAUUACGUUUAUCCAACUUCUUGUUGGAACCACAAUCAGCUGACGAAGAAAUAUGAGAAUAGCGGCGCGGAUGUGUGAGAUAAAAGCAAAACAAAAUGACAAAGAGUUGUAUUUUUGACACGUUGUAUAAAAGAGCAUCAAAAAGGCAAAAUUUAAAAAUGUAACAAUAAAUUUCAGCGACAAUUGAUGAUCGGAAUAAAUAAGAAUGUACGGUAUUCUCUCAAAGAGAGAAGUGGCACAAUAAAAGGCACUCUCGUGGUGAGGCACGUUUCGCGAUUAGUUCGGCAAUGUUAGUUCGAAAGAGAUUUAUAUCGAUUGUACUGUUCAGCAUCUUAGUGAUACUUAGAGGAUUCAGGGCAGUGCGCAGCAGCUCGUACCGAAGGCCACACGUAAUCCUUUUGCGUUUGUUCGGUUGGUUGAUUUCUUUUGUUGGCUUUUGUUUUCAUGACGUAAGUUAUCAGCGCGGAUUGGUUUUGCUAUGUACCCCACACCGGAACGUAAUUGACAGGAAUUUACGCCAAACACAUACACAACCAGAACAGCCUAAUGGCGACGGGAGCCCCGUGGGGUCCUCGCGCUCCUUCGCCAUCUUUCUCCUACUUAUUCCCGCUAGGUUUAAAUUUAUUGUGCGUGAGAAAACAGUAGACUUUAAAUGAUUAGUGGCGAGACGCGCGGUGCGACAGAUAACGAUAAUCGAUAACGGUUUGCAAUCUGCAGGACGGAGUUCCGUCGUUUGUUAGCAUGUAUUUUUAAUUUUGUUUUACUUUUCCCAAUCGUUGGGUUGAGUGAAUUGUGAAUGAAAAGUAGUGGAGACAGAUUGAGAAAGAGAGUGGAAAGGAGCGGUAGAAAGUGAAAUGGAGAGAAGGAACACGAUGAUCGCAAACAAAGAAGACGGAGAACGAUCAUAAGGUUGCACUUGCUGAAGAAAUAAA